UAAAAGAAGAAGAGAAAGACCGUAGAAGAGGAGGAGGAGGAAGCGGACUGGUUGUGCAGGCUGGACGCGGAGCUGCCAGCUGGACUUUUACUCAACUUACUGUGAACCAGAAGCGCUCCUCAGCGGCUUGAAGCGGUUCGUGUUGUCCGUCCAGCAGCGCUCAGCGGCGGGUUGAAGCGGUUCGUGUUGUCGGUGCUGCAGCCGCGGAGAGGCCGCUGGUCGGUGAUGAACCACCGGAGGGUCUGAAGAGGAGCAACCUGUCGGUCAUGGAUGCAGAGAGUGGGGAGCUGUUUCUCGGCGGUAACGGCGGUGAGGUGGCAGACAGCUGGCAGCUCGACGCUCCGUUCUCCUGCUCCGACCUUGUCUUCGGCGGCUCAGAGAAACCCCUGCAGGACUGGGCUGUGGACCCCAACUGUACGCUGAAUGACAGCGAGGCAGAGGACGUCCUUCACGGCGUUGACCCAAACAAGGUGUUUCCCAGCGGGCCGCCGGGAGACUCCUCGUCUGAGAGCGACAGCGGCAUCUCUGAGGACCCUGUAGUUGAGAGUCCCGUCACCACGGUGACAGCAGCGAACACCCAGCCGGCCACAGCGACCGUCUACCAGGUGGUUUAUGACAUCAGCGGCCUGGGUGGCGUGAAAACUGAACCUGGACAAGAGAACGUCAUCUCCAUAGAGCUCGAUGAGUGGAGCUCACAGGUGUUGUUUUCAGACUCGUGUAUCGUGAAUGAGCUGCCGCUGGUCUCUGCAGCUCGCCUCAAUGGCAGUUUGACCGUCAUCGACCCUCCCAGCCCCGACGAUGAUCUGCUUUACCCAGAGCUCCAGCUGACUGAGGAGGAACAGAAGCUGCUGACACAGGAAGGAGUUUCUCUGCCCAACAACCUUCCUCUCACCAAGGCUGAAGAAAGAGUCCUCAAGAGAGUUCGGAGAAAAAUCCGCAACAAGCAGUCGGCUCAGGACAGCCGGCGGAGGAGGAAGGACUACAUUGACGGGCUGGAGAGCAGGGCAGCAUCUUGCUCAGCACAGAACAAAGAGCUGCAGAGGACAGUGGAUCAGCUGGAGAAACGCAACAUGUCUCUGCUGGCUCAGCUGCAGCAGCUUCAGGCUCUGAUUAAACGGACGGUCAGUAAAGGAGCCCAGACCAGCACCUGCUUACUGAUCAUCCUGGUCUCUCUGGGUCUGAUCAUCAUGCCGAGUUUCAGUCCGUUCAGUCGCAGCUCGUCUGCAGACGACGACUACAGACCCACCGGAGUUAUUUCCAGAAACAUCCUGACAGACCCCUCCUCCUCCUCCCAGCCGACGGCAGACAAUGCCGACAGUCCAGCUGUGCAGUCCGACUCCUUGUCACCACCGUCUGAACUCAGCCAGUCAAGACCUCCAGAUGGCGCCGCCGCCAUCCUCCAAGAACCAAUAGAAAGCCCUGAAAAUACAGGCUCUGAUGGGACGGCUCGAGAGGAGAGCCAAUUGGGGAACAGCUCGGCUCUCGUUGAAGGGCAGACUGAGCCGCUGGCGCUCGGUCUGAGGUCGACCCCGGGGAAAGGAGGCCACGAUCCCGCCAAAUCUGCACACGCUGAUGAGAUGUAGACCGAUGCUUUCAACCACAAUAACUGGACUUCAUGUUCGACGCCGCUCUCAAAGUCAUAAACGGCAAUGGACGCUCUGAAUAAUCGCUGCUGAUCGGUAUCGGCCCUGAAUCGUUCGGAAUUAAUUGAUUGGUGGUGGUGAUGAGAACACGGAUCAUAAACGGUGACAUAGACACAGCCGCCUAUCCUCUGAUGGAUUUCAGAAACAGACCACAUUAUUAUUCAAAACGUAACCACAAUAAAACCUUAACCUUUAUGUCAACCUAAUUUCAGCUUAAAGGAAUAGUUUGACAUUUUAGGAAAUAUGCUAAUUCACUUUCUUGUUGAGAGUUAGAUGAGAAAUUCAAAACCACUCUCAUGUCUGUAUGGUCAAUAUGACGCUACAGCCAGUUAGCUUAGCUUAGCGCAAAGACUGGAAACAGGGGGAAAAGCUAGCCUUGCUCCGCCCAAAGGUAACAAAAUCUGUUUUUUAUGGAGGGUUAUGUGCCGGCUAACGGUUUCCCCGUGUUUCCAGCCUUUGUGCUAAGCUAUGUUAACUGUCUCCUGGCUGUAGCAUCAUAUUUACCAUACCAGGGCUGCCAACGUAUGUUGUUGUCAAGUAGAAUAUAAAUUCAAAUAGUAAAAAACAGAUAUUCGAAUAUGAAAAUUAAUAUUUGAUUGUGGGGAAAAAAAGCAUCACUACCACUGCUGUCUGCCUCGUGCACACAGAAUCCACCGCACAACGAGAGUCACACACAACGUCGCUUUCAAUAACUGAAAAUGUAAUCUAACGUCAGGUCAAGCUGGACGAGGAAUAAUUCAACAACAUAAAAACAUCCUGUCGAUAACUCGAGGACACGGUGUCAUGGACACAAUGUGCAAAAAUAGAUAUUUGAACAGUUCGGACGUACUGUAUGUGUUUUUAGAACGAAUAUUAAAACAUACAUUUUGGCCAGUUUUGACCGCUCUGUACCGUACAGACAUGAGAGUAGCAAAGAGGUGUAUUUCUCAAAAAGUUGAACUAUACCUUUAAAUGGUACAUUUUCAAGGUUAUAUUUAAACUCAAAAAGAAACUUGUAUUUUUCAGCCUGGCUUUUAUUCUCAUAAUUGUGUCAUGCAAACUUUGCACUUAACACCUCCAACAUUUUGGAAACAAAGAAGGAAAUUUAUAUCUGGGUUUCUAAAAGUUUUUUAAAAUAAACUUAAGAAUUACAGAAAUGAUUUCAGAAGCUCGUCUCUGAGUCCAGGCAAAAGUAAACACAGGAUUAGCUCUUCUAGCUAACUGUAUAUGGAUCCAUUUCUGGAGCAACUUGCCGGCUAACCAAAGCGUCUCAACGCAUGCUACAAACUAACAAAGCUAUCGGAGGAAAAGGUUUUUUUAAGGGUAUUUGGAGUUUUGUAGAUAUACAGUCUAAGUCAGGGCAACGGCCCUAAAACACUUGAUUGACAUUUUCCUGAGCCAAUGGAAUAACCCUUCAGAGAAUCUGAGUCAAACAUCCAAUCUUUUAUUCAUGAAAUAACAGCACACCGUCAUUGUGUUCUCUUCUCUGGAACCUCUUCAAGGAUCUGUGGAUUCACAUCUGAGAAACAUUUUUUUGUUUUUGGACGAUUGUAGUGAACCACCAGCAUCCUGUUCAGCUCACAACUCACCUGAGAUGGAUCCAUUGUUAAUCGUUUCCCCUCACAAACACCUGGUCUGCACUGACUCCAGUUAACCAAAGAACUGUAAUGAACGCCACGUGGCACUUUGUUUUAACAGACUAAUGUUUAUCAAUGGAAUUAGGAGAAUAGUAACAGUAGUGUGAACUCAACACCAUGUCCCUGCUGAUCUUUUUUUAAUCAGGAACUAUGAAUUUAAGGGUUUAUCUAAUACAAAGUAGUGUCAUUUUAUUAAUUUAACUUUUAUUUUAUCCAGAGGAGGUUGGCGGAGCUCGUUUUUAACGUCACAUUAAUGUACAGUAGUUUAUUCCCAACAGUUAGCUGUUAAGUGCCUUGCUCAAAGGUUUGUUAUGGAAGAGAAGUUCUACUAAACUCUUGAUCAUCUUUUUUUAUUUUAAACGAAAGUCCCUAUGAAUUAAUUGAUUGUUGUUUGCUUCACUAAGUGGAUUGAAUUUCUUUAUUUAGUUCCAGUGGAAUUACAGGGCUUCUUCUGAAACGCCCUUUGACCUUUACUGGACCCAAGAUCACAUCAGAUAAAACCACAUUAUUAUAUUUCCAACACUGCAGUGGAGUGACUCCUCAUCCUCGCUAUCUAACAGCUUUGUUGUCAGUCAUCUGCUCACAGGCUUUGUUUUUCUUACUUUAUUAAAAGGGAACAAUCAAUGGAGA